GUGUUCGUGGGAAAAGUUUUCCUCAUCUUAUCGUCGCAAUUGAAUCUGGAAAAGCUAAGAUGAGAAAGAGUCUUCCCUUCCAAGUUUUUAUAAGAAUCAAUAGCCGUAAAAUGUCAUUACUAAAACGUGAUGUUCCUUAUGCAACUGGUGCAAGUAGGGAAUAUGAUGCCUUCUUUUUCUAUGGUAAGCAAGGUCAUGUGAUUUCAUUUGAUUUACUUCAGAACUUUGAUGAAGAAGAGUUGGAGGAGCUUAAUAAGUUUCUGGAAUCGGGUUGGAAUGAUGUGGACAUACAAGUCAUGUGUGACUCACCAAAUAUCUCCAUAAUUAAGUGUGGAGUUUAUGUCGAUAAGCAGCAAACGAGCAUGGAGAAUAUUCGCUUUGUGUUUCCUAGGGCUUUCAUGAAUAAUGCUUCAAGAACCUCACUGAAACGAAAAUCCAUAGCUUCUCCUCUUCAUGCACCAGCCAAGAAGCUCUUGAGACAUUUCAAGGCUGCUGAUAAGGGACAACUCAGUAACACCAAGAAAGGGACCAAGAGAAGAAAACGACACCGAGUUUUUCGUUCGUGGUACAAGACGCUCUAUCCAAGGGGCAAGCAUUUUUGGAGAUUUCUUUACUAUUAGCUCUCUAUAAUUGCUGGCUUCUCCUAUCAAA